ACGGGGGGUAAAUCACGCUGACUGGGGCCGGAUGUCCUCUCGUUACCCCCCCGACCACAGAGGGAGUGCGCAGUGCCAGGCCGGGCCAGCAGACGCGCAGCGCACGUACUUUACGCACAGGGGCUGAUCGGAGGCAGAGGACCCGGUCGAGGAUGCUGCUUACAGCGGCUCAGAGGGGCUGUCUCUGCGGCUUUAUCCGUCGGGUUGCAGCGGCUCGGGUGUAAAAUGCGCCGGGGCAGAGCGGGUGUGCUGGUCGGCCACGCAGAGCUCGGCUGCUGCUCCUCCUCGUCUCCUCUCCCAUUUCUAUUCUAGGGACUUUUUUUUUUUUUAUUGCGCCGUUAUUAUUUCCAGGUCAAAAUCUCAGUUUCCUGUGCGGCUUGUUUGUACUAAAAAUGGCCGGAGAUGGCGGCGCUCUGAAGGAUAUCAAUGAGAUUAAAUCCCAGUUCCGGACCAGGGAGGGCUUCUACAAGCUGCUCACCCUCUCGGACUCGCAGCAGCGGGGCGGGCUGCCGCGGGGUCCGUCCGCCGGAGCCACGCUGGGGCCCGGGGCUGGACCGGGUCCGAUCCCCGGUGGAGGGGUCGGGCUGCUGCAGGGGCCCGGGGCCGCCGCCGCCGCCGCCGCCUCUUCCUCCUCCAAUGCCGCAGCCAACUCCUCUCCGGCGGGCUUCCUGCCGCCGGUGCGCGUCUCCAUGGUCAAGCUGCAGCCCGAGGACCCGGGCGAGGAGUCGGAGCGGGUGUGCUUCAACAUCGGCAGGGAGCUGUAUUUCUACACGUACACCAACAUCAAGAAGGCCGUAGACCUCAGUAAACCCAUAGACAAGAGGAUCUAUAAGGGGACCCAGCCGACGUGCCACGACUUCAACCAGUACUCGGCCACGGCGGAGAGCGUGGCCCUCAUCGUGGGCUUCUCGGCGGGACAGGUCCAGUAUCUGGACCCCAUCAAGAAGGAGACCAGUAAACUCUUCAACGAGGAGAGGUUGAUAGACAAAUCUAAGGUGACGUGUCUAAAAUGGCUUCCCAAGUCGGAGAACCUGUUCCUGGCGUCCCACGCCAGCGGUCACCUCUACCUCUACAACGUGGACCACCCGUGCGGGACCACAGCUCCGCAGUACUCUCUGCUGCGCCAGGGCGAAGGCUUCGCCGUCUACGCCUGCAAAACCAAGACGCCGCGCAACCCGCUGCUGCGGUGGGCGGUGGGCGAGGGCGGCCUCAACGAGUUCGCGUUCUCCCCCGACGGCGUCCACGUGGCGUGCGUGGGCCAGGACGGCUGCCUGCGGGUCUUCCACUUCGACUCCAUGGAGCUGCAGGGCGUGAUGAAGAGCUACUUCGGCGGGCUGCUGUGCGUGUCGUGGAGCCCCGACGGGAAAUACCUGGCCACGGGAGGGGAGGACGACCUGGUCACCGUCUGGUCGUUUGCGGAGAGCCGCGUGGUGGCGAGAGGCCACGGCCACAAGUCGUGGGUCAACGUGGUGGCGUUUGAUCCCUUCACGACUUCCCUGGAGGAUGAGGAGCCCAUGGAGCUCAGCGGCAGCGAGGAGGACCUCCACCAGGGGGCGCCAAAUAACUCCAUGCACUUUGGCCGGGUUCGAACAAGCAGCACGUUGUCUCGUCUUUCUCGACACAGCUCUAAAGGCGGCGGCUCGGCGUCGGUCACGUACCGGUUCGGCUCGGUGGGGCAGGACACCCAGUUCUGCCUGUGGGACCUGACCGACGACGUGUUGUACCCACGCCUGCCGCUGUCCCGCGCCUUUACUAACACUUUCGGGCCCUCGCUGUCCAACUCUGGCAGCGGGGUGGUCAACAGCACCUCAGGGGGCGGAGGAAGCGGAGGGGUCGAGGGACACCACCACCCACCCAACACCAACACCGGCACCUCCAACCCGCCAACGCUCCCCUUACCACUUCCCCGCUCCCUGUCACGCUCCAACUCCCUGCCCCACCCCGCCGUGGCAAACGCCUCCAAGGGCCCCGGCGCCUCCGAGGGCAGCGGGGGAGGCGGAGGAGGCGGGGGGAGCGCCGUGGGAGGGAACAGCACCCCGUUCAGCAUCGGCCGCUUCGCCACGCUGUCCCUGCAGGAGCGCAAGUCGGACAAGUCCGGCAGCGGCGGGGUGGAGAAGGAGCACAAGCGCUACCACAGCCUGGGCAACAUCAGCAAGAGCAACGACAAGAUCAACGUGGCGCCGAGGAGCAACCGGCUGGACGCCGCCAAGGUCCUGGGCACCACGCUGUGCCCGCGCAUGCACGAGGUGCCGCUGCUGGAGCCGCUGGUCUGCAAGAAGAUCGCGCACGAGAGGCUGACGGUGCUGGUGUUCAUGGACGACUGCAUCAUCACGGCCUGUCAGGAGGGGCUCAUCUGCACCUGGGCGCGGCCCGGGAAGGCGAAUUUGACAGCACAGAACGGGAACUCUCCGAGCGGCACGGUGGUAUAGCUGGAGGAGAAGCUUUGCACUCACCCCCCCCUCCCUCCAUCCCUCCAUCCCUCCAUCCAUCUCCUCCCUCGUCUGUUGCCGUCUUCUCUCCGUCUUUUCUGCCAACUUUCAAACAAACGUGUCAAACUUGGGGCCAACAACCAGAGACUGUACCGUACCUACUACCACCACAGUAUUAUUCCCUCAGUAUAACCCCCCCGUCCUCACCCCCCUGUCCUCACCCCCUCGUCCUCACCCCCCGUCCAUCACUCAGAGGUGGGAAACGCUUCCUGAAUCCGACACAUUUGAAUAAAUACUAAUACCUGCAUAUACACGUAUAAAAUAGACAGAGCAGCUUUUAUUCCUGUGAUAAUCAAGCAGCUAAUGCUAACGUCUGCUAGCCUGCUACAGUUUCAUGGCCAGAAGUAUGUGGACACCUCGUUAGUCUUAAUGAAACUUUACAGGAAGAACUUCACCUCAUUCAGCACAGUGUGCACCGAUCAGGCAUAACAUUAUGACCACUAUGCUGUGUAGGUUGUGACUCAUCAGAGAACAGACGGAGUCUGAAUGAAUGAAUGAAUGUAAGGUCAAAAGUUUCCCAGAAGAACGUUUAAUUGUCCUAAUGGUUUAGUUCGCCUGUCGGUGGUUUUAAUCUUGUGGCUGAUCGGUGAAGGAUAAUAAACCUUCAACCUGAUUGAAAUUAGUCUCUACUUAACUCUUUUCAUAGACAAAAUAAAUAAAUAUAGACAGAUGUGCUCAAACGUCCCAGAACAUAAAAGCAUAAACUCGACUUUAUCUCAGACCAGGAGUCAUUUUACAAGAUGAACCAGAGAGAAACUUUACAGGGUCAUCAGAAGCUCUUUCUCCACUAGUGUUGAAGAUGUUCAGGCGUCCGUGUACUUUUGGCUUAAAACACCUCGGUAUCUACAGGCUUCUAGCGUAUGACCCGCUCCCUUCAGGUCUGCCUGGUCCGCACAUAAAGAAACCUUAAACUUUUAAAGGUCGGUUUUAGUCCGUUCCGCUGGUUUCAGGAAGCGUUUCCCGCCUCGUGCCUCAGUGGGAGUUACAUUUACUCCCGUUCCUCCCCCUGUUUCUCUGCAUCAGUCGAGUUUCCGUCGCCAUGAACCUGACGUGAGGAGGAGUGAGCAGAGGACCAGCCUCGGGUUCCUCCUCCGUCCCUCGUCCCGUUUCCCCCUCAUGCAUAAAGACACUUGGAGCCACGGCCGUUGUAUUUAAGUUAUUUAUUUUGUCACGAGACUGUGUAGUAAUUUAUACUGUAAAUAAUGAAAAUACUCUAUAAAUACAACAAGGACAAGCGCGUCAGGAAACAGUGACCAAGACGAAGCCGGACACAUGAAGAUUAUUAAUAUAUGAAGAUCCUUCUAUUGUACAUAGCAACGCGUUAUAAACCGAAUGUCUGCUGUUUUAGGGAACUUGAAGAUGUCAAUGUGUUUUUAUUUGGUGUGAUAGAGCGUCUCCGGUCUGUGGGUCUGUGGGUUCGUGAGGGUCCGGUGUGACGGGCCUCACAGCUGCACCUGAAAGACUCUGAACAUCAUUCCCCUCAACAUCCUGCAGCAUCGCAAUGAUUAACAACAAUAACAACUAACACACACUCUCUCUCUCUCUCGCACAUUCCUUAAAAGGCUCACACACACACACACACACACACACACACACACAUCCCCUGGUGGUGUAGCAUCACAUGUAACCGUGUCUUGGACUCCGUUCCUGUUGCACCUGAAUUGCCUCUUGCAAGAAUUUGCACAUUAGAAUAAAAAAACCCGGAGUCGCUCCUGAGCCGCCGCCGCGUCCAGAGCUGCAGGUCUGAUGUUUGAUCUGAUGCCUGUGCAGAAACCGGCUUCUCCCACCAUCAACACGCUCAGUGCAGAGCGUCCGUACGGAGGAUUUAAAGGAUGCACACGUUCGAUCUGGAUUUCUGUGGUUUCACUCACUGAAGCUUCACUGUUUCAUUCGUUGCAACUAAAAACUCGUAUUAUCAUCACGUCUGGACCACGGACAGAUUAAUAAACAUCUCAGCCGAGCUAAAUAAGUUGAUUUAUCAAUGAGUGCAUUGAUUAAAACAAAGCACUGGCAACUACUUUAGUAAUUAUCCACUGUUAAAGUCAUUUUUAAGCAAACAUUUUAAAAUGAUGAAGCUCCUCUGAGGCAGAAUUAUUGUAAUAAUUCUAAACAUGUUUUAAUAUUUUAAGUAAUUUGAUCAAAUGCAACAAAAGAGCUGAAUAAGAACUAAAUGUUUUGGUUUUUAAAAUGAUCUUUCCGAUGCAAGAUGAAGCACAUUUAAUAGCUGCACAUUCUAACAAACGACGUGUGUUGAAGCUGGAGUCUGCUGAUGGAUGCAUGAAAUCGUUUUUUCAUUUCAGAGCGACGUCGUGCACCGAUAAUCCGACUAAAUGUCUGACGCUUUCAUCCUGGUGUCGGCUGAUUUCUCUUUUAUUUCCAUUUUCACGACACAGAUGCUGCAGCAGCUUCAGGCCGUUUUUUUUUUUUUUUUUUCAUAAUUUUAUCAGCGGCGACUGAUUUCCUGCAGACAUUCAUGAUUACUUUCCUUCAUGUAUUCAGACUUCAAGUGUAUGAUAUUUGGUUAAAAUGUGUAGUUUAUAGAAUAGGUUUCAGGGAAAGUUGCAGAAAAAAAAAAUCACAGCCACCGACACAGUUUCAUCCAGUUGUUUGUUUGUUUGUUUGUGUUGUUGUUGUGUCGCCUUGUCUGACAGUUCGUCCUCUAAACAGCAGCUUCCCGUAGCUACUUGUUCUGUUAGUCCAGGUUCUGCCCUCGUAGAACCUCUUUACAUCCCAGCACUCAUCUUUGUUGUCAUAGCAAUAGCACAUCCGUGGAGCGCGUCUCGAACGGAGACGUGAGCUUCGGAGUCGCUGUCGGCUUUGAGGCAAAAAUUAAUGUUUCUCCGCAACGAAAACAAAAAAAAGGAAAGGAAAAAACUUCAGGUCUUAAUGUGAAAUCAAUCAGAGAUUUAUUCAUGUUUAAAGUAAAUGAGUUUGCAGCAGAAAGUGAAGCUCUGCUACGACGCUGCAUGUUAAUUUUUCUGUGUCCGGCUCUUAAAUGAAACUGGAGCUGGAGGUGAAAUCAAAUCUCAAGCAACAGUGGGAGACGUGAAGCUGCUGUCUAGACGUGAUCAGGAGGAAUAGUUCAACAUUUGUUUUUCUGCACAGGAGCCAAAAGUUUGAUAGUUUGAAACGUUCAGUUGCUGGAUUCAGUUUAUUUGACUCGGGAACAAACAUGAGAGGAUCAUUAAAGUGUCUGUGGCUUCUGUCAUUCAAUCAGCAAACUUCAGAUUUAAUUUGUUUUAAUUUUUAAAACUUGUGACAGGUUUGAAAAAGUCAGAAGUUGCUUCAUAAAUGUGUUUUUACCACGAGACGAACCUGCAGGUCGAGAGGUCAGAGUCUCAAACAGAUGUUGAUGAUGUGGGUGAAGGAGCAGCUUUACUUCUGCACAACUACAGGGUUGCAACGUGAUUUAAUCCAAAAACUCACCUCUCACCAGUGUUUGUGUGUGUGCACACACAGAAAGUACAAAAACAAACAACAUGGAGCCAAAUGGGACAAACAACACAUAGAGCCAACGAUGCAAACGCCAAAACAAACUGAACGCUGAAGGUUUCGCUCUGCACAGCAACAGUUCAAACGCUCGGCAGCAGGGGAACAAACAUCAUCACGGAUUUUCUUCUGUCUUCAUUCUUUAAGUUUUCCUGUCUCUCUGUAUGUGUGUGUGUGUAUGUGUGUGUGUGUGUGUGUGUGUGUGUGUGUGUGUGUGUGUGCGCGUGCAAGUGUGUGUGCAUGUAUAAAAUAUGCAGUUACCAACGAACAGCCACCACACACACACGCGCUUUCACGCAGUCUAUGCCUGCUCUGGUGGAACAGCAGAAUCACGUCACUGUACUCAGUUUGUAAAUGAAGAUCUGUUAUUAAAACGUCAAAGCUGAAA